UCUCAGCUACGCCCAUCAUCUUCCUUCUCUAUAUUCCACCAUCAUUCUCAGAAGCCACCUCUGCAUUAACUUAGAAUUAGCCUGCCAGUUGGAGAAGGUUUCUUCUUUGUAUUCCUCCCAUCAAUUAGCUAGGAAGAUAAAAAUGGCUAGCAGCAGUUCAAGAACAACAUUACAGCCAAAGGAAAAACUGUACAAUGCCCUUAUGAAUGAAAGUUGGAAAGAAGUGGAAGCGUUGUUCAAGAAUUAUCCAGAGAUUCAUGACACCAAGAUCGCAGAUAUGGUGAAUAGGGAAUUAGAGAAUGGGGUCGACGAUGAUGAUGAGUUCCACGACACUGCGUUGCACUGGGCUAUCAGUAACAAGGCACAAGAUUCUCUAGUUAAGAGCCUUGUUGAUCAAAUAAAAGAGAAAUCUGCUAAUGAUGAUAAGGGCUUGAAAGUUUUGAAAGCCAGGAAUAAACGAGGAGAUACUCCUUUGCACUGUGCAGCCUCAAGGGGAUCUGCCUUCAUUUGCGCUAACAUGAUAAACGACGACAAGUUAAAGCCAUUGGUUCUUGAGAGGAACAAUUUGGGAGAGACACCUCUCUUUUCGGCUGCUCUUAGCAGCAACAAAGAGACCUUCCUUUGUCUUCAUCAAGUUUGUAGUGAGAAGGAUUUGGAAAAGAAGUCAUCGUCCGCAGAUCUACAGCUCUGGGAAAGGAAUAACAGAGAUACCAUACUUCACUGUACUAUUCAGAGAAGAUACUUCGGUUUGUCGUACGAAAUAAUUAAGGUUUACGAGAAGCAAAACAUUAUGAUUGGAAGCUGUUUCAAUGAAAAAGGAAGGUUGCCUCUUGAUGAGCUUGUCUCCAUUCCUUCUGCCUUUAAAAAUGGCACUUGUCUCGUAUGGUGGCAGAAAUGGUGCUACUGCCUUGCUCGCGGGAAGCGGCCGUCCGAGGAUCAAAAUUCAGCAAAUUCUAAUGCUGGUCAGACUCAAUCCGCCCAUCAACUACAAGUGAAGCCAAAGGACUUAGAUGAUCAAAAUUCAUCGAACACAAACAAUUUUCUGACCCAACUCAUUUCCUUAUGGGAUUCCAUAAGGAAAAUGAAAGAAGAUCAUGUGUUUGGUGACCUUAUUAUGGAAGAACUUGUAAAACAAGAUCCUUGGUAUAUGAAAAACAACUAUGCGGUUCAGGCACAGGAAAUUCAAAACUUUGUAUUCUAUAAGCUCAAGGAUAAGCAAGUACAGAAAGGAAGAAUCAAAAUAUCAACAGCACUGUUAAUAGCAGCAAAAAAUGGUCUGGUCAAGCAAGUGCAACAAAUCCUUGAUGGUAUCCCAGUGUCUAUCCACGACCAGUUACUGAUAGAGAAGAGGAACAUAAUACACAUGGCAAUAGAAGAAAGGCAAAGUCAUGUGUUGGAGAUAGUGAAGAAGCACAAACGUUCUCAUUGGCAUGCACUGAUAGAAAAGGUGGAUAAUAAGGGAAAUAAUGCAUUGCACUUGGCUGCAACGAAAUCAAAGCAUACAGCAACAGGAAUACGUGGACCUGUUAUGCAAAUGCAAUGGGAAGUCAUGUGGUUUGAGUAUGUGAAAAUGAAUAUGCCUUCGUACUUCAUCUCGCAAUCCAACAACGAGGGUAAAACUCCAUGGAAGAUCUUCAUCAAAACGCAUGAGGAUCUCAUCGAAAAAUGUAACAAAUCAGUGAAGGAUACUUGUGAACCUUACAUUAUUGCGGCUACACUAAUUGCUGGUGCUACCUUUUCUGCAUGCUACCAAGCCCCAGACAGAUUUGGUCAUACGUUUUAUAUCUCAUUGUUGAUUUCAUUUUGCUUCUCAAUCACUUCAUUGACGGCUUUCCUUUGCAUUUAUAGUACUCGAAAUGGAAUACCCAAAAAUUUCCGAAGAAUUUUGCCAUUUUACCUUUGUUUGGGCUUCUUUACAUUCUUUGCAUCCCUUGUCUCAAUGCUGGUCACUUUCUAUGCUGCCUUGUCCCAUGACUUUCACCCCAAAGAAAAGUAUCAGCCCAUUAUAUCUUACUCUGUCAUUUUAUUCCCAGCCAUGGGGCUAUACAUAUUCACACAAAUUCCACUGUACUUGAAUCUUCUCAUUGUCUCAUUCUUCAAGAAGGUUCCGAAACCAAGAGUUAUGGAUGAAGAUGACAUAUCACAUUUCUUCCAAGAUUCAAGGACAAAACAGAAGAAUCAGCCCCAGCAGCCUGCUAUAUCAAAUGUUGGAAGAGCAAAAGGAAGUACCGAAGCCUCCCUUGAUAAGGGCCUCUAAGGUGCUUUUUUUUUUAAUACUUUUUGAAAUGUCCCAACUUUUCAAUUUUUUUUCUUUUUUUUUCUCUAGAUCAAUUUCUUCUAUAUAAGAUAAGAAAUAUUUCAAUAUCUUGAAGUAUCAAAAAAAAAUAUUCCAAUUACACCAUUUUAUUUUUGAAAAUUCACAAAAAAUCAUACCAAUUACAUCACCAUUUCAAAACUUCAAGAUAUCAAAAUAUCUCUUAUUUUAUGUGAAAUCCAAUGAUCCAAAGAAAAAAGAAAAAGAAAAUGAAAAGUUGGGAUAUUAUAAAAGGUAUUAGAGAAAAGCACAUCAGAGAUCCUUAUUCUAGCCUCCUUAGAGUACAAUUGGAACUUUAUCUUUGUGAGAAGUGUGUGUGUUUUCUGUUUUAAUUAUUGUCCCAUAAUAAGAUUUGAAGACGAAGAAUUAAAACCAUGCCUUCUAGUUGUUCGAACUUCCUAAGAGCACAGGGAUUUCUUCCCUGAUGCAAGAAUAAGAGAUUAUAAGUGAAUGAGUGUCAUGUUGUGUUAUCUUUGUUCAAGGCAUGGUUGUACUGUUUCGGAAUUUGUAACGUUGCAUUUUAUGUGAUGCUGUAAUAUUUCUACCCACUGAGUUUAAUUUAUAUGUUAA